CUUUGUCUCUGUGAACACAACAUUGUUUUUUAUGUCCAAAUAGAUCUAGGCAUAUUUGUGGACAUCACUAUUUGAAAUAUUUUUCUUUUGCAUUUCAUCAUGCGCUGGUUGCUGGCUGGAUGCUGUGGACUUGUUUUGAUCAGCUUUUCAGUGGCUGUGAACGAAAGAAGUUCCACGUUACAUGUUUCCCAGAAGCCUCGGUUCUAUGGUGUGUUGACAGGUCGACGAGUGGGCAUUUACUGCGUAUCCUCAAAGCGACACUCGCAGGAAACUGCACAGUGGUUCAAGGCCCCCAGAUAUGACAAAAAGGAAGAGAAAACCCAACUAUUUGCAGGAGGACGUACUGUUAUCAGUAACUUCAAUCAGACCAAAGAUGCCAUCCUCAUCCUCACUAAUCUGCAAGUGGAGGACCAGGGAGUGUACUUCUGCGAGAUAAAUGGCAUACUGGGACCUGGGACUGAAGUCCAUGUUGCCAGCCCUGUCAAUAUUGGUAAUGCACUGUACAGGAGCCAGCUGAAAGAUGGUCUCAUGGUCCUCCAGGGACUACUGUUGGCCUUCUGUAUUGCUGCUAUACUGUUACGCAAACAAUCACUGUUGGAAAAGAAGGACAGUCUAUAUGAGGAGCCAGAAACUGAUCACAUCUAUGAGGGUUUGGCGAUUGAAUCAUGUGGAGUCGACCUGUAUGAGGACCUGUCUGUGUACGCCCAGGCUGACGGAGCUGAGGCCCCAUGGGAAUGAGCCUGACAUGAACGAAAUAUUUAUCACCACAUCCACAGCUUCACAAUAAGUAACCAGGCAAUGUAAAUACAACAGGAGGAUUGUCAUUGUCCUCAGGUAGUGGAGCCAUUAUCUUCAUUUUUUUCUGCAAUGCUGUUGAUAAUAUACUACGCAUUCAUGUUUUGAAUUAAUCUAGUGUAAAGUGACAUGUACUCCAAUGGUUGGUGCUUUGUGGGAAUUUAACUCUUGUGUUGUGUUGUCUGUUGAUUUAUCUUUGUACAGUGGGUCUGAACAACUUUGUGAGUAAUAAUACACAUCAGAACUUGAUCACAGGCCUCUGCAUUACUGUUGUACAAUAAAACUCCAGUUGUUAAAAUAACCGUCUUGCUGUUUCAAGAAUGAAAACAAUAAAUAUG